GUUCUCAUCAUCUUGAUAAUUUAGGUUUAAGAGCCAUCAAUACAAUUUUUAUAAGGCAAGAACUUUUAGAGUAUAGCUAUAGGGUUUUCUUUUUGUGAAUGUUAAAAUAGUCCAAGACUCCAAGUCACCCCAUCAAUGGUCCAAGUCAGGAAGCCACCUUGUUUUACGAUAUAUGUUUUUAGGAAAUUUAGCAACUAGAAGCAAGGAAUGUGCAGUUUCUGCUGCGUGGCAACUUAUGUGGCAUCAUUGUGGCAAAGCAGAGAGUUUUUUACACUCUCCCUCAAGUUCAUUUAUGACUCAAGACUCACUGACAAGUGCUGGCUGUAAAGAGGCUGGUAAUCAGGCUUAUAAGAAUGGAGACUAUGAUGCUGCUCUUGCACAUUAUACACAGGGGCUUUCCAUCUCCAAAGAUGAGAAAGAGAAAGCCAUUCUACUAAAGAACAGAGCUGCAGUGCACCUCAAAACUGAUCAAUUUGAGGAUGUGGUCAAAGAUUGUGAUACAGCCCUGGAGCUGGCUCCUAAGGACCCAAAAGCUCUGUUCAGACGCGGACAGGCGCACGACAAGUUAGGCAACCACGAGAAGGCCUAUGCAGAUAUGCGUGCUGUUAUUGAAGUGGAUCCUAAGAACAAAGAAGCCUUAACUUUGCUAGAACGCCUACACAGAAUUGUACAGGAUAAGAUUGAGGAGAACACAAAACUUGGAGGCAAAGUGAAGCAGAUGUUUGAAAUAGUGUUUGACGCUGCAGCUGGUGCCUCAGCCGAGAAGAGGAUCACUGCAGCCAACAAUCUCAUCACCUUAGCCAGGGAAAAAGCUGGGUCGGAGUUGCUGCUGGAGCAAGGGUUGCUCCAACGCGUGGUGACGCUCCUCAAGAGCGAGAAUAAUUCUGAGGUGCGGGUUGCCUGCAUCAGAACGCUCAGUCAGCUCGCCGUCGACGUCAACAAGACGCUGAAGAUCCUGCACGAGUGCGGGUUGCCGUGGCUGCUGUCGGUGCUGAACAGCCCCCGGGACGUGGAGGUCACCGCCAUGGAGUACUGCCUCCAGACGCUCCUGCGCACCCUCACCGGACUCCCGGACCCCGCCAAGCUGCGCCCCGACACCGCGCCCGCGUACAAGAGGCGGCCUGGCGAGACUUACGAGCACGAGAAGGAGGUUAACAGCAUCCUGCUGAUGGUGACAGCAUCGCUCACCAACAGGGCAAUGUCAGGCUUGUGCCGCGACUCGCUCCUCAAGAUCCUCAUCAAAUUCCUGCCCUACGAAGCUCUCGACUGGAGCAAGAACUUCAUAAGGGCUAAUGGUUUGUUAUCCUUAUUGAAGUUAAUACUGAAUUUAUGAUGGUUUCUUUAUUGAAGCAAAAUAGNGAUUAGGUACCAUAAAAGAUCAUAUAUAUGUGUAUAUGAUGUAAAUAUAUAUGGUGUAAAUAUAUAUAAAUUAUAUGGUGUUUUGUUCAGAGAAACUCUGAUGAGAGGCACCUCUGAGAGCCAAGUGCGGGUGGCGGUGCUGCUCACCACGAUGCUGCUCGGCCCCCUGGACCUCGGCAACAUCAUCCUGGCCAAGGAAGGCAUGCUCAGCAUGCUGCUCGCCAUGGCAAACUCCGACGAAAUUCUCCAGCAGAAGGUUGCGUGCGAAGCGUUGAUCGCAGCGGCGAGCAAGAAGGACAAAUGUCGCUCCAUCAUGACGGACGGAACUGAGAUCCUCAAACGCCUCUACGCUAGCAAAGAUCCUUCCAUCAAAGUGCGGGCACUGGUCGGUCUCUGCAAGCUCGGGUCAUUGGGCGGCAGUGACGCCAGCAUGAAGCCUUUCUCUGAUGGCGCCUCGGCCAAGCUUGCGGAAGCCUGCAGGAGGUUCUUAGUGAAUCCGUCGAAGGACAAAGAUAUGAGACGAUGGGCUUGCGAAGGCCUAAGCUACCUCACUCUGGAUGCUGAAAUCAAAGAAAAACUCAUUGAGGACGGCCCAGCUCUACGUAGCAUGCUUGACUUGGCCCAGAGCGGAGACCUGAACUGCGUGUACGGUGUCGUGACGACCCUGGUGAACCUCUGCAAUGCGUACGACAAGCAGGAGGUGAUCCCUGAGAUGCUGGAGCUGGCCAAGUUCGCGAAGCAACACAUCCCUGAGGAGCACGAGCUCGACGAUAAGGACUUCGUGGACAAACGCGUUUGUGCCCUCGCUAAGGAGGGCGCCGGUGCCGCGCUUGUCGCCCUUGCCAAGACCGAGAGCGCCAACAGCAGAGAACUCAUUGCCAGGCUGUUCAUGGCGAUAUGCGAGCACCAGAAGAACCGAGGCCUGAUGGUGCAGCAGGGCGCGACCAAGGCGCUGCUUCACCUCGCGGCCGACGGCACCGCGAAGGGCAAGGAGUGCGCGGCCCAGGGGCUCGCACGCAUCGCUAUAACCAUCAACCCGGAGGUGGCCUUCCCGGGACAAAGGAUGUACGAGGUUGUGCGACCUCUCCUGACGCUGCUGGCAGUAGAAUGCAAUGCCCUGGCUAAUUUUGAAUCGCUGAUGGGCCUUUGUAACAUUGCCGGAAUGUCUGAACCUGCACGACAGAGAAUACUCAAGGAGAAAGGCCUCCCCAAGAUCGAGCACUACAUGUUCGAGGGGCACGAGAUGAUCAGAAGAGCUGCUAUCCAGUGCUUCACCAACAUGUGUAUGUCGCCUGACGUGGUGAAGCUCGUCGAGGGCCCCAACGACAAGUUCAAGUACCUGCAGCUGUGUUGUGCUGACGAGGAUCUGGAAAUUGUCAAGGCUUCUGCCGGAGCGCUGUGCAUGCUGCUCGGCGAGAGCACUAAACUCUCUCACAAAGUUUUCGAUAUAAAAGACUGGGCAGAGACGCUACUGUACAUGCUCUCCCACAGCGACAAGGAGGUGCAGUACCGCGGGGCUGUGAUCGUCAAUCUUCUCGUCAGCUCGCAUAAGGACAUAGCGAGGAAAAUUAUCAAUACUCACUGCAAGGAGGCGCUGGUUGCAAUCUGCAAGCUGGAAGGUCCAGAGCUGGCGCACCCCAAGGCACAGGAGUGUGCACGUGCUGCUAUAGCGAGCUGCGUUGCCAUGGAGCUCAUUUCUGACCCUUUCGCAACUGACGACUGAUCUUCAACUUUUAAUACUGUUUAAUACGUAUCUAAUAUCAUCCCCACGCUGCUAGAUUUCAAUACUUAGAAGAAUAAAUAUCACCAUGUGAGGACAGAAUAAAUCAAAUCGAUCAGUACCAUAGAUUCACUAAGACCACCCCACGCUUCUAGAUUUCAAUACUAGAAUAAUACUCGUUUAACGUACAAGGGUAGAAAAAUCAAAUAGAUCAGUACCAUAGAUUUAUCACUAAGACCACAGCGCUCAUGGGAUUUGUGCGGUCAUGAUGGUCCUCAUGCUCUCUUUGACCACAGCCAAGUUGGAUUUCCACGUCAAUAUCGUGUCCCUGAGACUCUCCCACUGUGCGCGGCCGAACGUACGUUGCGCGACCGUCGUUACGUUCACCUUCUUCUGGCUUUGGUCCAUACGCGCCACGACAAGUUUCGUCUUCAGGGCUGCAAAAAUUAUGUGAUCAGUUAUUAUAAUAUUGAAACCAUGUAUUUUAGGGCACAGGAAUAAUGUUUUUCUCAUGGUAAUCUUGUUGCAAUUUUAUUAAAAGUAAUUGUGCCACAAAUGAGUUCAUUUCAAAGAAUGGCAUGUAGUAUUGUUGCUUUACUUAAUAUACUUUAAUUUAUUUGUAACUUAAAAUAUGUUAACGAAACCAUUUAAAUGUUGUUGAAUGGUGGAAACACGUACCGUAGAACUCUUCAUCUAGAGAUCUAUUUUUUAGUCCUAAUAUACGAUAAGGUUUGCUGCAAUCUAACACACCAGCGCGUGCCAAUAUUCAAAGAUUUUCUAUUUUAUAGCUAAUCAGUAAUGUUGCGCGAAAAUUCUGUCCGAUGAAAAGUUUUUUGUCAGGCCUAAUGUAAUUAGUUGAUUUUAUAAUAUUUGCUAGCAAAGGCUGCAUGCGAAAAAUAAGAUGUUGUUAGCGAUUGUAUUUUACUAUUGAAAUUUGUUACGAUUAUUAAUUAAAUGAAUCGAAAUUAAAAUGUACGUCUUUCUCCGUUAAUUAUCAGAGGUGAAUUUUCAUCUUUGUCACGGUAGAGAAAAAAUCGUACUUUAACUUCUGGC